AUGAAUGAGGCUUCAACUGCCUGGACGAGGUUAGAAACGAUUAAACUGCGAGCUAUUAAUGAGGAAUUAUUUUAUGAGGAAUCGCUUAAUAUAGUACUCAUACAGGAAGCGAUCAGAUACAACAGACUGUUAGUGGUAAUUAAAGUGUCCCUAAACGAUUUGCUUAAAGCCUUGAAGGGUCUUGUGGUCAUGUCAGAGGCCCUAGAAAAUUUGUCCUUAAGUCUCUUUACUAAUAAAGUACCAGAGAUGUGGGCCAGUAAAGCUUAUCCGUCAUUAAAACCCUUGGGCCGUAUCCAUCGUUUACUUCGGAAGGGCAACUAUGCUGAACGAGUUGGUGUCGGUGCUCCCGUCUAUUUGGCAGCAGUGAUGGAAUACCUUGCAGCUGAAGUAUUGGAAUUGGCUGGUAACGCAGCCAGGGACAACAAGAAAACGAGGAUAAUCCCAAGACAUUUACAGUUAGCUAUCCGUAAUGACGAAGAAUUGAACAAACUACUCUCCGGUGUUACUAUCGCUCAAGGUGGUGUACUGCCAAAUAUCCAAGCUGUUUUAUUGCCAAAGAAAACUGACAACAAAGCUAAAUAA